CAACGCCUUCUCUCGGUGCGUUGCGAAACGUUGGAAAUGGAGCGAUUGUCCGUCGACCAUCGAUACCUCCUUUUUCAUCACUCUUCCACAGAAUUCAAGAGAUAGAUAUGGACAGAACGACCGAUAUCUUUUUCUCUGAUAAGAGAAUUCGCAACUAAUCUUCAUUAAACAGCGAAGUGAUUAAACCGAUUAAUUGUAAGAAUUGAAGAUUUUGAAAGAUGUCUCGUGUCAGUUUCAAAAUCGAUCCAUGUCACAUAUGUUGCAUUCGAUAUAUCGAGAAUCUCGAUAUGACUCGAUGAGAUUUUGUAUCGCGACUUUACGCAAUUACAAGAUUACGAGAAUCGUGUUACUUGCCAUGACAAUGGCUCCUGAUAACCAUAGGAAUAUAAAUUGUUGGAUCGUUAAAUAUAUUUAAUGUGUCCGUAUAUAUUCGCGAACACAUAAAUCCUACUUGGAACAAUAUAAGAUUGUCUCGUCAUCGUAAUAUAGUAUUAAAACAUGAGUGAAGCGAAAGAAAAUAAUUCAAUUUUGAUCAUUCGAAUGGAGAAACUCUUGGGAGGCAUUGCAAACAAGAUACAAUCGAUUGAAAAACAUGGUGCUCAAAAUUCGCCGUUGCUUCAAGAGAUCAUUGAUCUCAUUGAACUUUUUAAAAACUGUGUUAUAUCUCAAAUGAAAAGAACUCCGGAAGAAGAACGCGUGCACGCUAUCAAUUUGCUUGAUUACCAAACAAAAAUAACAGAAACGUCAUCGGAAAUAGAAGUUUUACAGAGAACAUAUGAAGAACAAGAUUUAAAUACUGAGAUUUGUGUGAGUGAUAUUGUUACAUGCAUAAAUAAUGAAGAACAAAUAAUGAGAAAUAUCAGAGAAACAUCAGAAGUGGAGAUACCAAAGGAAAUAGAGGAGUCAAUGCAAACGAUGUUAAUUAUAAAACAACGAGAAGAAGAACGAAAAAAACAAUUGCAAUCUGAAAUAGACGCAACAGAGCAUAGAUUGCAGGAAAUCAUGAAACGUAAUGCGCUAAAUGAAAGAAAGCUUCACGAUAUGUGCGCUGAACUCGAACGGAAGUACACAGAUUUUCUCGCUAAAUACGAUUGCGAUAUCGGCGCAUCCUAUACAUUAAGAGAGAAAUUGUUGAAAGAUUACGAAGCUAUUAAAGCAGAAACGAAGAAGAUGGAGGAUCAGUUAGUCAUACAACGAGAAUUAUACAUACGAUACAACAAAGAGCGGGAGAUUGCGCUGAGGAAAGCCUUUACCGAAAAACUAGAGUUCUUUAGACGAACUCGAGCUGCUAAGAUCAUCCAAAGAACAUGGAAGACGUAUCUUGAGCGUACUUCUCUAAAGAAACGGAGAAAAACGAAAAAGAAAUAGUUAUCUGCUACCGCAUUUUUUCUAU